CGCAUAAGAAAUUAAUUAUUAUUAUUAUUAUUGUUGUUAUUAUUAUUAUUAUUGUCAUUUUAAUUGGCAUUGCUGAGUUAUUAUCAGUGAGUUUGAGUGAGUGAAAGAUUUGGAAAGUCUGCUAUAUCGACACGCGGUAAUAAUACAUAUAUUGUUGUUAGUACUCGACACACUGCGAGUGCGAAAUUAUUGUUUCGAGUAUUUGACAAGCGAGUAAGAGAAGACAUCCGACGAUCUCAAGAUGGCCGACAGUGGAAUUAGGCGCGACAUUCCCAUCAAGCUAGGCGAGUUCAGCGUUAUUGAUACCGAAUUUGCAAAUAUUCGUGAAAGAUUCGACGCCGAGAUGCGGAAAAUGGAGGACGAGAUGUCCAAGUUCCGCAGCAAGCUCAUGGAUCGCGAGAGCAACAACUUCUUCAAGAGCACCACCAGUACGCACCACAUGACAAGCGAGCACCGUACCUCGAAGUCGUCAACCGGUGAUUGGGAGAGCCUGGAUAGCGCCGCGCCGACCACAAAGUCUGCAUUCGACACCUUCUCCAGCAAAACGACGCAAGAACAAUCACAGAACAGCUCGCUGACCCCGCAUCACGACUCUAACACAUGGCUGGACGGUCUCGACAGUCCCCUGAUCCAGGACGAAGGUGGCAACAAAUCGCUGAAGCUCCGUUUCGACGUAUCGAAAUACACGCCAGAGGAAAUCGUCGUUAAAACCGUCGACAACAAACUGCUGGUCCACGCUAAACACGAGGAAAAAUCCGAGAGCAAAUCUGUCUACAGGGAAUACAACCGGGAGUUUUUGCUGCCCAAAGGCACCAAUCCGGAAAGCAUCAAGUCAUCGCUGAGCAAAGAUGGUGUUCUGACAGUCGAAGCACCUCUGCCCCUAGGAUCAGGCGAAACACUCAUCCCGAUUGCGCACAAAUAAAUAUCCAUAUAUUUAUUUA